AUGCCUAAUUAUUUUAGUUUUUAUAGAGUUCGCAAACAUGGUAAUUAACAGAACAAGUGUUGUUUUUUCGUUUCAUGCCCAACGUUUCUUCUAUAAAUUCAAGUGAUGAUUAGCAUCGUUUCUUACAGAAUAUCGAAGGUAUCAGAAAUACUUAGUUGUUCUAUAGUUGAAUUAGUUGCUCUUGUUCUUAUUUGCUAUGCGAUGUGGUGUUGCCUUGUUUAAGGAUGGUUACCAUUCUCCAAUAGGCUAAACUAUAUAUAAGUUCAGGCGCUGUUAUCGGGGAAAUAAAAAUAAUGUUUAAACAAUUUUUUGACGGACAUAACUUGGAAACGAGCCCUUUUGUUUACUGUUAUGCGUACAGCCAUUGAUGUUAUUCCGAGCAAACAAUUUCAUCACGUCGGGAAUGUGAAUCAAUCACGAUGCGUGCUCACUACGCAUAAGUAAUUAAUCGUUUUCGACACGCUUCUCUUGUUCCUCAUUACGUCAUCCGCUCAAACGCAACCGAGGCCGACGGGUGUACCGGAUGCCGAAAGAACGCUAUUAUUGAGUUUGCGGACCGUCGACGAGUGCGUAUGGUCCUGCAGGAAAGGGCUUCUAAAUCCUGAAGAAACAAGUCAACGACUUGCCUUUUUUUUUUAUACAGCGCCGCAGUUGCCCGAACAUGUCUUCGUCUUUCAUAUUUCGCAGCAGUGGUUGGAUAUGUGUCUGUGUCUGCAUCGUGACCUUCCUGAACUACGGCCAUGCCUCUCCCGUGGUUCGUAUACACGCAGGGUUGGUGAAGGGAAAACGAAUUCAAACCGAUUAUGCUGAUGUCGACGCUUUCCUCGGAAUCCCGUACGCCCAGCCCCCAGUCGGGAAUCUUCGUCUGUCUAGGCCACGGCCUGCUGAAGCCUGGAGCGGAACCUACGCUGCGACCGAGUUUUCUACGCCAUGUUUUCAACCAGACCAGGUAUUCAACGACGACGCGCGGCUGAACUAUUCGUCGUCUGCGGAAGACUGCCUCUACAUCAACGUGUGGCGGCCAGCGAGUGCCUGCAUGAAUGAAUCGGUUUGCGAGACGGCGGAGCUUCCUGUGGUGGUGUUUCUGUACGGCGGGGGCUUUCAAUUCGGCGAUUCCGGACUGCGCAUAUACGAUGGCACAAACUUCGUGGCGCGGACGAACGUCAUCUUCGUUAGUCUAAACUACCGCGUGUACUUUUACGGGUUCCUCUCUGCAGAACGUCCGGCCCUUCCCGGAAACAUGGGCCUCUGGGACCAGCUCAUGGCUCUCAAGUGGGUGAAACGCAAUAUACGUCGUUUCGGCGGCAACGAGCAAGAUGUGACGCUCAGUGGUCACAGCGCCGGCGCAAUAGCGGCAGGCAUGCACGCCCUUUCACCACAAAGCCGAGGACUCUUCACGAGGCUGCUCCUGCAGAGUGGCACUCCACUGACGAUGAUCCUUGCGCUCUCGUACAGCGGAAUCACUAAGUUCGUGAACAUUGCGGUCACGUUAGGCUGUUACGACACUGGCCUAAGUCUGGACGCGCAGAUUGGCCACGUAGUUGGCUGCCUCAAGCGCCUGGACCACGUCUCGAUCCGCACCAGAAUGGCGGCGGUGAACGUCAAGCGUCUAAUGUUUCUUCCGGUGUAUGGCGACGACAUGCUGCCUUUCCACCCGCUGGACGCGAGGAACAUGGAGAUUCACGUCAAAGAGAUGUUUCUCGGGACUGUGCGGGACGAAGGAACCUUCAUCGUGUACGCGCUUCGUGCCGCCGUGCCUUACCUAAUGCAGUUCUUCGACCUCGAUUACAGGCUGGCCGUGACGCUAGGGUUGAAGUUCGCGUUCGACAUCCCUACACACACGGGAAAGAGCAUCGUGCGAGCCUACUUCGGAGAUUACAGCGUCUCGCACGACGACGCGAAGAUUGUGGAUAUUCUAUCUAAGUUGAUAGGCGACGCCGCGUUUGACUGCCCAACGAACCUUUUCGCCGCGAAGGCGGCAGAGCAGGGCGCUCAGACGUACCGCUACCUGUUUGCACACAAGCCUUCGUACAGCUUCUGGCCCGACUGGGCUGGUAUCGCUCACGGGUGCGAGCUGCCGCUAACCAUGGGAUCGCUGGGGUCGUUCAAGAGCGAGCCUCGGUUCACUUCGCCCAGUGGAAAGUACGGGGACGAAAUGAGAAACGGAAAGGCUUCGCACGAGGAUGAAAUGUUCAUGGAAGAACUGUUGCAAAUAUGGUCCGCCUUCAUUAGGGAUGGGUAUGUGAAACCAGCGUGGUUAGGGGAGCAUCUGCGUACUUUGUGUUUAGACAACAAAAUUACAUGCAUCUGGCAACGAAAAUAUAUGACACCUUUCUAUCCGACGGCCAACGUUAAACGCUGUAAUGGUUUAAUGGUAUCCCAAACCGUGACUCACCACCGACAAAUACCACUGACAUGUGAAAAACAUUGCAAAAAUAUAAUCAGCCAGUAAUAUUAGUAUUCUGUUUUUU